GUGUCUGAGGCCGCAGGAUGCCAGUCAUAUGGGAUUAAGAAUCCAUCCUACUCUAAUAAGACCUCAUCCUAAUUUAAUUACAUCUGGAAAGACCCUGUUUCCAAAUAAGGUCACAUUCACAGGUUGUGUGAUUAGUAAAAUGCUUUCCUAAACAGUAUAAAGGUGAAGAUGUCUAGACAGAAUUUAGUGGCUUUGACAGUGACCACCCUUCUGGGAGUGGCUGUGGGGGGGUUUGUCCUAUGGAAAGGCAUCCAGCGCCGAAGGAAUAAGAGAAGCGAUGUGACCCAGGAGCAGCAGCAGCAGCAGCAGGAGCAACAGCAGCAGCAAGUGCCACCGAGGAGGGAGCAGCCUCCUUCAGAAGAGGACCAACUGCCCUCUGAUGUUCCCAGAGCCUCAUGGGAGGAGAGGAUUCUCCAUGCAGAUGUGAUUAUGGUGUCUCAGGAGGCAGAGUGGGAUCAGAUUGAGCCCUUGCUUAGGAGCGAAUUAGAAGAUUUUCCAGUACUUGGAAUCGACUGUGAGUGGGUGAAUUUGGAAGGCAAAGCCAGUCCUCUGUCACUCUUACAGAUGGCCUCACCAAGUGGCCUCUGUGUCUUGGUUCGCUUGCCCAAGCUGAUCUGUGGAGGUAAAACACUACCAAGAACGUUAUUGGACAUUUUGGCAGAUGGCACCAUUUUAAAAGUCGGAGUGGGAUGUUCAGAAGAUGCCAGCAAGCUUCUGCAGGAUUAUGGCCUCAUCGUUAGGGGGUGCCUGGACCUCCGAUAUCUGGCCAUGCGACAAAGGAAAAAUUUGCUCUUUAAUGGACUUAGCCUGAAAUCACUUGCUGAGACAGUUUUGAACUUUCCUCUUGACAAGUCCCUUGUACUUCGUUGCAGCAAUUGGGAUGCUGAGAAUCUUUCAGAGGAUCAGGUAACAUAUGCAGCCAGGGAUGCCCAGAUUUCAGUGGCUCUCUUUCUCCAUCUUCUUGGACACCCUUUCUCUAGAAAUUUGCCUGUGGAAGAAAACAAUGACCACAUUGACUGGAGAAAAGUCUUGGAGAAAUGCCAGGAUGUGGUAGACAUCCCGUUUCGAAGCAAAGGAAUUAGCAGAUCGGGAGAAGAGGUUAAUGGGGAAGCAACAGAAUGUCAGCAGAAGCUGAGAAAUAAGAAGUCUAAGGUCAAUGGAAUGGUGCCAGGCAACCACCAAGGAAGAGACCCCAGGAAACACAGAAGAAAGCCCUUGGGGGUGGGCUAUUCUGCCAGAAAAUCUCCUCUUUAUGAUAACUGCUUUCUCCAUGCUCCUGAUGGUCAGCCCCUCUGCACUUGUGACCGAAGAAAAGCUCAGUGGUACCUGGACAAAGGCAUUGGAGAGCUGGUGAGUGAAGAACCUUUUGUGGUCAAGCUACAGUUUGAACCUGCGGGAAGACCUGAAUCCCCAGGAGACUAUUACUUGAUGGUUAAAGAAAACCUGUGUGUAGUGUGUGGCAAGACAGACUCUUACAUUCGGAAGAACGUGAUUCCACAUGAGUACCGGAAACACUUCCCAAUUGAGAUGAAGGAUCACAACUCCCAUGAUGUGCUCCUGCUCUGCACUUCCUGCCAUGCCAUCUCCAACUACUAUGAUAACCAUCUGAAGCAGCAGCUGGCCAAGGAGUUCCAGGCCCCCAUUGGCUCUGAGGAGGGCUUGCGUCUGCUGGAAGAUCCUGAGCGCCGGCAGGUGCGUUCUGGGGCCAGAGCCCUGCUCACCGCGGAGAGCCUGCCUGCUCAUCGAAAGCGGGAGCUGCUGCAGGCACUGAAAGAAUUUUAUAACACUGACACCAUCACAGAUGAGAUGCUUCAAGAGGCUGCCAGCCUGGAGACCAGGAUUUCCAACGAAAACUACGUUCCUCAUGGGCUGAAGGUGGUGCAGUGUCACAUCCAGGGUGGGCUGCGCUCCCUCAUGCAGCUGGAGAGCCGCUGGCGCCAGCACUUCCUGGACUCCAUGCAGCCCAAGCACCUGCCCCAGCAGUGGUCAGUGGACCACAACCAUCAGAAGCUGCUCCGCAAAUAUGGGGAGGACCUUCCCAUCAAACUGUCAUGAUAGCUGCUUCCUGUCCAGGUCAGGACAGCUGGGAAGCUGGAGCCAAGGUGGAAAAGUCAUCUCUUCUUGUUUUAAGACAUAUUUAAUUAUCAAAGCCUGGGCGGUGCCUCAGAACACUAACUUGUACUAAACCCGAGUGCUUCUGAUGGAGCAAGGCUGUUGUUUGAAGGGGAGCUGAUGGUUUUGAAUUUUAAUUGAGCAGAGUCAGUAUUUUUUGUUUGUUUGUUUGUUUGUUUUUCCAUCAUCAUCUUUUAUUUUUGUGGACAAGAGAGGUCUUGGCCUUUAUUUUUAUUCUCCCUCUUCUAAUUUCCCUGUAAAAAUGCAAAAUGAAGACUUCUCCCUGAAGUGACUCAUCAAGGCUCUCAGAAAAUGUUUGUAAUAUGUUUCUUCCCUGUCCACCAUGUUGAUUAUCUCUAACAGGGAUUGUUUAGGGUAUCAGUCCUGUCAGGUUAGGAGGGAGAAAAACUUCUUUCAGAGGCUAGAGGAAUAACCAAGGAGUCAGAUUAACUUAGUAAUUCUACUUUCUUCUGCUCUCCCAUAAUUCAUCUGGUUGGAAUCCAUCCCAUUGGUGUUGCUUUGGUUUAUUUCACUUAUUUGCAAAUGCUCCCCUUUAUACACCUGGGACCAAAGCAGCAACUUCCUGCCAUGCGCUUCCCUAACACUGGGGGAGUCCUCUUCUGGAAAUAAACCUUCAUCCUGAGUGGGGCAGAGGGAAGCAGACACACCCUCUUCCCAGAGAGCUUUGGAACUUUGUUUAGCUUUUCCUCAUGCUGUUUGUGCCUGCUCGCUGCACUCCCCCUGCCCGGAACUGUAAAGUUCUUAGUUUAAUCCCUUUCUGAGGAGAAGAUUAUCUUUUCUCAAAAUCAGUGUCAGCUCCCUUCAGUGCUUCAUGUUCCCUCAGAUUGACAGUGCUGACCUGUUUUCAGCACUUACUUCACUUCCAGAGCCAUUUGUUUGUAGCGCGAGGACUUCUCCACCUCCGCAGAAGCCCAGGAUACCAGGACAAAUUAAUAUAUUAAGUGUUCAGAAGGGUGAGUUUCAUCUUUCAUAAAGAUAGGCUACCACUUUAGGUAUGAAAUCAGUUUAUUAGUGAUUAGUAUUUUUUCUAAACUUUUGGGGAAACUUUCAUAUUUUACAAGAUCUUAAUAAGCUUGAAAAGAAUUUUAUGGCCAGAAUCCAACAAAAGCUGUAUUUUGGAUUUGUGCCCAAGUUGGUGAUAAUUGAUCUGAUGUUAAUAAAUAAAACUACUAAGCACAAGGCUCACUGAUUGUAAACGUGAAAUUUUUCUUACUAAAGUCAGUAAGUAUUCUUGGGGGAGGAGAUAUUUACCCUAGAGGUCCUUGCCUAGUGAUAGCACCAGAGUGCACAUGCAUGGAUAUGCCACACACAUCCCCACAGUCCCUCAGGCUGUGCCUGCAGCCCAUAUCCGCAUACACACCCUGUGUUCUGUUCCUCUGCCUCUUCAUUCCCACUUGUCUUCCACCAGGCAUUUCUGGGAGCUAAACUAGAAAUCCUUGAAAACAAACAGUUCCGGCCACUUUGGAGAAUGUAUGGUCAAUGUAGUAGAUUAGCACAGGGCCUGUGUCCUCUGGUUGAGGAGCCCAGGGUUGAAAGAGAGCCACGGGGAUGAUGGGGACAACAGCUGGGUAUUUGGUCAUGGUGGUAGUUAGGCUUGCCACAAGAUGGCACUCAUAGGUUGGUUUUUAUAUUCAUUCCUGAGAUUAAGCAACUUUCAUACAAGGUUACUAAACAUAACUCAUGACCUGUGUUUCAGAGUUUACAGAGCUGAUUUUGAUAGCUUUAUAAGAAAAACAUUUUUUCCCUGAAAUAACUGAGUAGGGUUCUCUCUUUUCUUCUGAUCCUCAUACAAAGAGGUAAGAAACACUUAGGAGGUCAGUUCUUGUACCCUGUGUGCUGUGGGAAGAGGGAAUGGGUUCUCUGGUGGACCUCUGUGCAAGGGUCCAGUGACAGAGCCAGUGGUAAGGAAAGAGAGGAAGUUAGACCAGAAAAGGGUUACAUAGAUGUGAGUCUUUUUAUUCUAAAUCUGCCUUGAAUUUUAGCAGUCUUUCCUAAGACUAACAUUUAUCAUCUUAAAUGAGAGAUUUUAGGGUAAAUAUUUUUUAAAAAUAAAUAUCUAUUUUUUUUUCUGAUAUAAAACUCAUCUAUACUCAUUAGACAGGAGUCUAAAUGAAAAAAUAAAAAUCAUCCAUCUUCUAGAACAGAGACCAUCUUUCAUCUAGAACAGAACUAACUUUCUGAUAUGUUUAUGAAUUUUCUUUCAAUAUUUAAAAAUGCAUGUAAUAUAUGUAUAAUAUUUAAACAAAAUUGAGGGAUACAAACACGCAGGUUGGUAUCCUAAUUUUCUUCCCUCGUUAGCAUGGUAUCACAAGUAAUUAAUUGUGUCUUCUUUGAAAAUAAAUUCCUAGUAGUUCUACCUUCCUUUAGUUAUUCAUUCUUGGUUGAAAAUUUGGUUAUUUUGGAUCCUUCUUUGUCAUUAUUACCAAUGAGGUGGUGAACUUUCUUGUGUAUAGCUCUUUGACUCCAUCCUUUAUAAUUUCUUUAGGAUAGAAUCCUAGAAAUGAUUGUGAAGCUGGGGACUCUCAUCCCCGAGUGAGUACAAACUGAUACCACCUUUAGGAUUACAUGUUGAGGGAAUGUGGCUCUUUGACCCUUUAGCUCCAAGUGUCCCAGUGCAUUGCCUGAGCUUCCAUGUGAGUAGUAUGAGUGGGAGGGAGGACAGUGCCAUAGCCAGGGUCUCUGAAUGUCCCUGGUUAUCAUGUUGGUGGGCUCUGAGUGUCUUUCUGUUUCUUUGCUGUUUCCCACUCUUCAUUGCUGUGUAUCUU